AUCAACUAUUAUAACAGCAACAAUAACAAAGUCUUAUUGUUUCUUCAGAUGUGCAUACUGUAAUACAGCCAGUUCAUUUACAAGUUACACUGCAAACAUGUUAGUGUGGCAUCUCCAAAAACUUGUUACUAUUUUUACUUAUUGUGGUAUUUGUGUUUCAGACACAAAGGCCAGUGUUAAGCUUUCUGCUAUCAUUACAAAGAAAAGCCUUCUGAAGGACAUCCGAAAGCUGUCACCCAAAUACCAGACCGCACACUUGGAGGCAUUCCAUAGUACAAUCAACCACUUUGCUCCAAAAUGGGCAGCAUUCUUUUACAUGGGGAUGUUGUCAAGGCUCCAUCUGGCUGCUCUGCACCACAACGAAAACUGUGGGCGGGGACAGGCCAGAAACAAGGAUGGGGAGAGAAUCUAUAAGAUCAGGUAUAAAAAGUUCAAGAAGUCAUGCACAGUGCAGGCAGUGCAAGGGAGCUGCACGUUUGACUAUGUGACUGAACUCACAGAAGAAGCAGUGAGGCUCUGCGAAGAAGCUAUCGUGGAUGAUGAUCUGAUGGAAAUACCACCAACCCUUACAAGUACUAGUGGUGCUGACAGGCUGGACAAAGAAGCUGCCAUCCAGGCCCACAGAACAAGAUUCAGCAUUGAUGAAUAGUAGUAAAAGUACAGUUCUUCUUCUGCAGUACAGUAGUGUAGUAAUAAAGCACACAUGUAGUAGUAGUACAAGUUAGCAUCCUUCCAUAUCAAGAGAGGAUGGUUUCACUGUGCUGUCAUGGCUGUAAAUUUCUUGUAUACAUGUAUAUAUUGAGACACCCUUAACUUUGAACCCUGAUCAACAU